AUGGCAGUUGGAUUCAAGACUGGAUCUCUUGCCUUGGUCGCCGAUGCAUUCCAUUAUCUCAAUGAUUUAAUCGGAUUCGUCAUCGCCCUUGGCGCCAUUCUGGUUACUCAACGUGCUACAUCGCCAAAGGACUUUUCGUUCGGUUGGGCCCGGGCAUCACUACUUGGUGCUUUCUUCAACGGGGUGUUCUUACUGGCACUAGGCGUCUCCAUCUUCCUCCAGUCCAUCGAGCGUUUUGUCUCAAUACAACAUGUGGAGGAUCCUAAACUUGUCCUCAUCAUGGGCUGCAUUGGGCUCACGCUCAAUAUUUUGAGUGCUGCAUUGCUGGGUCACGAUCAUCAUGGGCACGAUCAUGGCCACGGGCAUAGCCACGGGCAUAGCCAUGAGUAUGGACACAGUCACGAUCAUGGGCACAAUCACGACCAUGCUGGUCAUGAUCACGAGCUUGGUCUGAGCCCUGGCCAUAGCCACACCCACGAUCAUGGCCGUACGCAAGUCACGGGGGACGAUGCUAGGUAUUCUGGGCAUGGUCAUGAAGAAAGACUGAGCCAAGACCAUGCCACAACAAAUGAUCGAUCACCAGCUCAAAGCGUCCAUCAGCACAACCGCGGGCACCACCCAGCAAACAUGGAGUUGGGAAUGAUUAGUACAGAGAGUACGGACCGAGCACCAAUGACACCCAUAAGCGCUCAUGCCAAUCAUCGUCAUAAUAUCGCCAAACUUUCUGCACCUGGUCGCGAUCUUGGCAUUAUGGGCGCACUCAUCCAUGUCAUUAGUGAUGCCCUCAAUAAUAUCGGCGUCAUCAUCGCGGCACUCGUCAUCAUGUUGACCAAGUACGAUGCCAGAUUCUACGCUGAUCCCGGUGUGAGCCUGGGAAUAUCAUUGAUGAUCCUUCUCUCGUCGAUACCUCUGGUCAAGAACAGUGGCAAGAUACUAAUGCAAAGUGCUCCCCGAGGCGUGGAUUUCGAUGACGUGAAGCAUGACCUUGAAAAGGUCCCCGGAGUCGAAUCAGUCCACGAACUGCACAUCUGGCGCCUCGACCAGCAAAAGGCCAUCGGGUCUGCACAUGUAGUUGUCUCAGAAGACAAUGUGACGAGCUUCAUGGACUCGGCCAAGACGAUCAAGGAGUGCUUGCAUGCAUAUGGGGUGCACUCGGUGACGCUCCAGCCCGAACUCGCACAAUCGCGACCCCCGACCUCGUACACCACCACCACGGGGGUCGCGGCGGCAGAGACCGCAACGCCAGUCAAUGGCACCACGCCGUCCAUUGCUGCCUCGUCGCUUAGAAGGCGGCGAGUCGAUGAGACGGCCUGCCAGAUGGUUUGCGGAAAUCUGUGUGAGAAUUUGACUUGCUGCGCUGGUCCUUCGAGGAUGGUCUGA